AUGGCGGAGGACGACGAGAAUAUGAGCGAUCAAGAGCUCAACAAUGAAGAUGCCGAGACUGAACAGAAAAUCAUCAAUGAAGAAUAUAAGACGUGGAAGAAGAAUGCUCCUUUCCUCUACGAUAUGAUACUCAGUACAGCCCUAGAUUGGCCUACCCUGACAACUCAGUGGUUCCCAGAUGUGACAGCGGUUCCUGACACCAACUACUCAAAGCACCGCCUUUUGAUCGGCACACAUACGGCUGAAGGCCAACCGAACUACCUUCAAGUCGCCAGCGUCCAGCUACCUAACCGCAAGAAAGCAGAUGUAAAAGACUACAAUGAAGAGACCGGAGAAAUUGGCGGAUAUGGCGGAGGUCCGUCUGGCAAGAAUCAAAUUGAAGUCAAGUUUCAUAUCGUCCAGAAAAUUGACCAUCCCGGCGAAGUCAAUAAGGCACGAUAUCAGCCACAGAAUCCGAAUGUUAUCGCAACCAUGUGCACCGACGGGCGAGUCAUGAUUUGGGACAGGUCCAAACUUCCCGGCCUGCCCUCAGGAAGACCUAACCCUACGAUCGAGCUUAGUGGGCACACCAAGGAGGGCUACGGUCUCAGUUGGGAUCCUCACCAAGCGGGCCAAUUGGCCACGGCCAGCGAAGACUAUACAGUCCGACUUUGGGACAUCACACAGGCAUCAAAAACCAACAAGUUGCUCCACGAGAGUCGGCGAUACACUCACCACUGGGGGAUUGUGAACGACGUACAAUUCCACCCCAUCAUCCCAAAUGUGCUAGGAUCCGUGUCGGACGAUCUCACCAUGCAGCUUGUGGACCUGAGACAGGGUGACACUACCCGAGCAGCCGCCAAGGGCACAGGUCAGCAUCGGGAUGCAAUCAAUGCCAUCGCGUUCAACCUUUCCGUGGAGACUCUGGUGGCGACUGGAAGUGCCGACAAGACCAUUGCGAUCUGGGACCUGCGGAAUCUCAAGGACAAGUUGCACGUCCUCGAGGGGCACAAUGACAGUGUGACGACACUCGAGUGGCAUCCGUUCGAAGAGUCGGUUCUCGCAUCCAGCAGCUAUGAUCGAAGGAUAAUGUUCUGGGAUUUGUCCAAGGUCGGCGAGGAGCAGACCCCCGAAGACAGUGAAGAUGGACCGCCAGAGCUUCUUUUCAUGCACGGAGGACAUACCAACCGUAUCAGCGACUUCUCGUGGAACAAAAACCUCCCCUGGGUGGUCUGCAGUGCAGCGGACGACAACUUGAUCCAAGUGUGGAAGGUUGCAGAGGCCAUCGUUGGUCCUGAUGAUGAAGACGUCCCAAUGAAUGAGCUGGAAGCUUGA